UGUACGUAAGCAUGCAACAAAAACAAUAAAAAUUUGUUGGAAAAGAGUGUCAAUAUCUAACAAAUAGAUUAAAUUUGCCGUCACUAGAGGAAAAUCAAAAAUUUCUGCGAGCAAAUUCCAAAAUUAGCAAGGAGAUUAAAUUUUUCCAGCUAAUUGAACUUUAAAUUAUUCGAGUGCAUAAAGCAGACUGCAACGCAAUAUCUAUACCGUAAUCCAACGUGAAAUAAUUGUAGAAACGAGGCACAUAAAACAAUUUGCGGAGCUGCCACUGUAGGCCGUAUAGUAGGUGCACUUACAGCCAUUAGCCAUGCCUGGAACGGCAAUCCAGAUAAUAAACACAUCGGAGGAGCACACUUUUGUUCUUAACGAAGAUGCAUUGAGCGAAGUGUUAAUGCGCGACGAAGUGAAAGAUCGCUUCGUAUGCGUCGUAUCGGUGGCGGGGGCGUUUCGCAAAGGUAAAAGUUUUCUGCUAGACUUUUUCCUGCGCUAUCUAUACUCCAAGUAUGUGCGUCAUGAUGUGGUAACCGAUUGGAUUGGUGAUGAGAACGAACCGCUGACCGGCUUUUCGUGGCGCGGCGGUUCUGAACGUGAUACCACUGGUAUCCUAAUGUGGUCCGAAAUAUUCCUGCACGAUUACCCGAACGGCGAUAAGGUGGCCAUAAUUUUACUUGACACACAGGGCGCAUUCGACAGCCAGAGCACAGUGCGCGAUUGUGCUACCGUUUUUGCGCUCAGCACAAUGGUUUCAUCCGUGCARAUAUAUAAUUUGUCACAAAACAUACAGGAAGACGAUCUGCAGCAUUUGCAAUUGUUCACAGAAUAUGGUCGCUUAGCAUUGGCCGAUACAGGCAAGAAGCCGUUUCAACGCUUACAGUUUCUGGUGCGCGAUUGGAGUUUUCCAUACGAAGCCGAGUAUGGCGCUCUGGGUGGCGAUAAGAUACUUAAGCGCCGCCUAGAAGUGUCAGACAAACAGCACCCGGAACUGCAGUCGUUGCGACGACACAUUGCAGCCUGUUUCAUGGAAGUGGCAUGUUUCUUGAUGCCACAUCCAGGCUUAAGUGUAGCGACCAACCCUAAAUUCGACGGACGUCUCAAGGAUAUCACACCCGAGUUCAAACAGAGUCUACGCACAUUUGUACCGAUGCUGCUGUCGCCAGACAAUUUGGUAUAUAAGGAAAUCAGUGGCCAACGGGUGCGUGCACGCGACCUCAUACAGUACUUCCAGUCAUACAUGAGCAUCUAUAAGGGCAAUGAAUUGCCUGAGCCGAAGAGCAUGCUUGUUGCCACCGCCGAAGCUAAUCAUUUGACAGCYGUUGCAUCAGCAAAGGAGCUUUACAAUCAGCUAAUGGAGGAGGUUUGUGGCGGAACCAAACCGUACUUAAGCACGGCACAUUUAGAAGCCGAACACUUCCGCAUCAAAGAUCAGGCGUUAUUCCAGUUUGCAUCGAAACGAAAAAUGGGCGGCGAGGAGUUCUCUGAAAAGUUCCGGCAACAAUUGGAUUUGGAUCUGGAAGACUCCUACGUCACCUACAAAGCGCACAAUGAGAGCAAAAAUAUUUUCAAGGCUGCACGCACGCCGGCCGUAUAUUUUGCCUCGGCAGUUAUUUGUUACGUCCUAAGCGGAAUAUUUGGCCUCGUCGGCCUCUACACAUUUGCCAACUUCUGUAAUUUAGUAAUGGGUGUUGCCCUAUUAACAUUAGCGCUGUGGGCGUAUAUUAGGUACAGCGGGGAAAUGGGUGAUUUCGGUGUAAAAUUGGAUGACUUUGCGACGUUUAUGUGGGAAAACUUUAUGAAGCCCAUAUAUCAGGGUUGCAUGGAGAAGGGCAUACAACAUGUGGCAACGCAUGCUGCCGAAGCGGCGGUCGGUGGACGCACAGCCUCGUCGGCAAUGAAUGGCAAAGUGAAGAAGUCAUGAGAAUACGCCCAACGAUCUCUUCAGCAACAGCAACAACAGCUACAACAAMAAAAUCAACCAAAUUCUAAAGGGAAAAUAGCAGCAACGAAAACCAACAACAAUAACAAUGUGGCUCAACAGAAAAUUACAAGAGCUACAGCAACAGCAUCAUACAGUGGUGGCGAUAUUGGCGACACAGCCGGCAAAACGAUGAUCAUGCAAAUAUGGUCCCGUAUAAUAGGCGCGUCUUCCAGCGCGCAAAUGAAUUCUGCUCAAACGGUCAAUGCAAAAGCACGCCAAUACGCCACCGCAACAAGCCCGAAUGGGGAGGUCAACAUCAGCAGCGGCAGCGGUAGUAGUACAACAAACACAAGUAAUGCGGCUAACAAUCGCAAAAAGCGAAGAGCCAAAAAGUGAACGUACUGUAUAUAAAAAAAAAAAGAUAAACAAAAGCAACAAAAAAAAAAACUCGCCCAACACCCGUCAAACCUAUUGGUUAGCUAAAAUGCGUAUUUUCGCGCAUUCGUUAAUAAAUAUACUUACGUAUAGUCGUGUUGUGCAACUCCACGCAUGGAAAACAAGUUUAACUACUUUAAUACUUAUCGCAUAGUCUAUUCUCGGGCGCGUAGUAUUUUGAUUUUAUUACGGAGUUCCACGAUUAGGCCACUUACUUGUCCAGCAUUUACCCRUACUCGCUAACUACUAAUAUAACUAAUAUUGUCCACACUAGCAACAGUGUUACAGUGUUAAGGAAGAUAUGGGCCUCGGUCAUUGUUGUUAUUGUACGCGAAUAUUAAAGAUUUUCUUUUUGUUAUAAUUACAUCUAUAAUUGUACUGUUUUCAAUGCUGCCUUGCAGAGCCAAUUGAAUAAAACCUGCAAACUUUAAGAAACCAUGUCAAAGAACGUCUAAACCCUUGUAAUUUGUAAGCUUAGCAUGAAUUCGGUUAAA